CGGUCCCCCGCCCCCUCCCUCCGCCUCCUCCUCCCUCGCCCGCAGCCGAGCGCCCCCUCCCCCACCCGUCGGGCUCCUCGGCGGCUACUGCAGAGGAUUCAGAGCCGAGUCGCUGAGGAGGAGGCUCCCGGUCCCUGCGCGCCAUCCGCCACCUUACUGGACACGGGCGAGGGAGCGAGAGCGUCGCGUCUGUAGCCUCCAGAGAAGACAAGGGCAUCGUCGCCUCGGCCACCGCCGCCGCCGUUUUCGCCUGCAGCGGCUCGUCGUGGGCAUGGAUUGUAUCCGAUCAUCCUUUUAUUUUCAUGAACCCGUUUUUGGACCUUGCGUGGAACAGGCAUCAGAUCCGCAGUCUUCCACAAUGAACCCUGUUUACAGCCCCGUGCAGCCUGGGGCUCCUUAUGGCAACCCUAAAAACAUGGCCUAUACAGGUCUCUGGCUGCCAGGGAGGAGCUUGGGCCUUCACUGUCACCACAAGUGCUGUCACAAUUGUUACCCCACAGCCUACCCGGCAGCAGCCCCUGCCUACAAUCCCAGCCUGUACCCCACCAAUAGCCCCAGUUAUGCUCCAGAGUUUCAGUUCCUGCAUUCAGCUUAUGGAUACCAUGAAGCAACUCUGCUGAUGAAACAGGCCUGGCCACAGAACUCGUCUUCCUGUGGCACUGAAGGCACCUUCCACCUCCCAGUGGACACCGGGACCGAGAACCGAACUUACCAAGCAUCCUCUGCGGCUUUCAGAUAUACUGCGGGGACACCAUACAAGGUCCCGCCAACCCAGAGUAAUACUGCUCCGCCCCCCUACUCCCCAUCACCCAACCCCUAUCAGACGGCCAUGUAUCCAAUCAGAAGUGCCUACCCCCAGCAGAAUCUGUAUGCCCAGGGAGCCUACUAUACACAGCCGGUGUACGCUGCCCAACCCCACGUCAUCCACCACACCACGGUCGUCCAGCCCAACAGCAUUCCCUCUGCCAUCUACCCAGCGCCUGUCGCUGCCCCCAGGACCAACGGCGUGGCCAUGGGCAUGGUGGCUGGCACCACCAUGGCGAUGUCAGCAGGAACCCUGCUGACUGCACCCCAGCACACCGCGAUUGGGGCACACCCUGUCUCCAUGCCAACAUACAGGGCCCAAGGGACCCCUGCGUACAGCUACGUGCCCCCGCACUGGUAAAGCCUGCAGCCCAUGCAAGUGAGUGGGGCCGGGGCGGGAGAGAUCUGGAGUCACACAUUGUAUGCAACUACUCAAGUCUUACACAGGUGCUGGAGCAGUUCCCUAGCAGCACCACCUCUAUUUGCAAGAAGAGACAACGGAAGUGCAAGGGUCACUUUAUGCAUCUUAAUGGUUUUGGUUUUUAUUUUUGGUUUUUGUAAAAGCUGCUUUUUCUAAUCUCCUGCCUCUCCCCACUAUCACCCUCUUAGCCACUGCCUCUCUGGCUCGACCCCCUCCUCCUACCUGACCAGGCACAUCCUCUCUGCUCUUCCCGUCCCAAAGUACCCAGUCCCCGGGGAUCCCAGUCUAGUUGCAGGCAGAGAGUGGGGUUUAUUGCAGUGGUUCAGCUGAAGGCACAAUUUCCUUUGAAGAGCAUAACAGAUGUGGCCCUCGGGUCCAGGGUAGGAACUCAGAACUGUUGAGCAGGCCACAUCUCUGGGGGAUUGUUUCUUUUUUGAUUUUCUCAAGCACGAUUAGUUUAGGACAUUAUUGUGUCUUGACACAAACGAAAUGUCUUCUGAGAACCAUCGUAACAGACCAAGAACCAAACCCCCUGAUUAGGUAGGAGUGUUCAUAGCAGCUUAAUACCCCAGGUGAGAACCUGGGAAAACCAGAUUCUUUCUUUGGGAAAACUUGGGGGGGGGGGGGGGGGGGGAAGGAAGAGAGAAGAGGGGAGAGAGGUGCUUGCUUGCUGGCUUUGGUUUGUAAGGUCUCUGGCCAAACUGUCUGGGCCUGGACCCUCUGAUUUGCACGGUGAUGUUAACUGACCUGGCACUUCCUCAGAAGGUGAUUUUGACCUCAGACCUGCCAAGCAGCUGCAGGGUGGUGGGCUCCCAGCCUCCCAAAGCCUUGGAAGGCCAGGUGCCCUGUGUAAUCCAGACCUUGGCUUCUGAGCCCUCAUGGACCCACUCUGAUGAGGAGCUUCCUCCUGAUUAGAGUGGGAACCUAUAGUAUUCUCUCCCUUCCCUCUGCCCUUCGUAAUGCCAGGGCUCACCUGUGUGUCUGUGGGCAGGCAGGCAUGCCAAGCUCUUGGUUACCUUGUGCCAUUCAUGGCCAAAGUGAAGGAACCACAUUCCAGGUGGGUGCUGGCAGCUCGGAGGGUCAGGAUAGUGAAGGAAAAGCAAUAGCAAUAAACAUUUCAUAGCCUCAUGGAACUGAAGGGACCUUAGCAAUCAUCUCAUCCAUUCCCCUAUUUGACAGAUGAGGAAGCUGAGGCCCAGAGAACAGAAAAGGACUUCCCUAGACCUCGCAGUAAAUUAGCAUUAAAUGCAGCCUUCCUACCUAGGGGCAUGUUGCCCAAAAUUUACUGAGGAAUGGAUCAGAUGAAUCGGCUUAGUUUUGUAAAAAUUAAGUCAGCAGCGCCCCACCUGGUGAGCUCUGGGCUUUGGUUUCUGCUCUUUUCCUCCACUCACUUCAAAGAUGGGGGUUGAAGACUAGGCAGAGGUCACAUGGGGGCAGAUGGCAGAAACAGAAGUUUCAAAUGAAGAAAUAACAUUUGGAAAUUCUGUGAAGACAUCUGAAACUUUUGUCCUAUACCUGACUCCAGCCCUAGGAGAAGGAGCAGAUGGGCUGGCUAAAAAGGAGAGUCCAUGCUGUUAGGACAGCAGCCCCUCGUCUUGAGAGGAAAGGAGCAUGAGGAUGAGGCCCAGGAGACAUGGGCUCUCCUGGGAGAAGGAGGACCCCUGGGUCAGGAGGCCCCCUAGUCUCAGCCAGGAGCUGGGUUGCCGAGCACUGCCCCCCUGGCCCCACCGCUUGGCUGGGCCAGCAGCCCCUCUGGGGGGAUGCAGGAACAUUUACUGUACAAAAUGAGAUCAUUGAUAAUAUUUGGGACUUUUAAAUAACUCUUUUCAUUUUAAAUUCAUGCAAACAUACCCCUACCCCUACCUCCCAUGUCUCCCUAAAGGAGGAAAAAAUCAGGAAACCCUUGGGCCAGCAGGACCUGUCUGGCUGUUCCCAGGAGGUCAAAGACCAUCAGCAUCCUUGGCCCAGAGCUAGGACUUGGGGGCCCAUCUUCUUGGCCUUCCAGGGAACUGCAAGACCAGUAAGGAGAAACCCAGCUGUUCUGUGGUCUGCUCUGGGGUGCUGAAGAGGUUUUGUUUUAAAACAACAGAAAGUUUUCCAGUGUUAAUCCAUUUUGUCCAAAUACCUCCUCCUACUCUCUGGUUUUGUAAGAGUGAGUGAAGGUUGUUUUAGAUUAUGUCAUACAUGUUUGGAAAAUGCCAAAAUAAUAAUAAUGAUAAUAAUAAUUAUAUUAGGAAACCUUUGCAUUUGUCAGGUGCUUCAUAGAUUUCAGAGCACUUCACAGCCUUUAAUUUACUGGCUCUGAGAGAGAGACGGGGUCCGUGUUAUUACACCCAUUUGACAAGUGAGGAAAUCGGUUCUAGAAGGAAAGGGAACAUCCUCAGAGUGAGCACAAUGCUGGUAUCCCGACAGGCUUCCCUGAACUGUGCUACCUCCAGGUGGGCUAGGGUAGAACCAGAGAGGAGGGGAAAAGGAGGAGACCUAGGGAUGACCUUGUGACUGUUGUGCUUUCUACACCAGUAAGUAAAAACUAACAUUUAGUACCUCACAGUUCACGAAGCAAUUUCACAUCCAUCCCUGGUUUAACCUUGUGAGAUAGAUUGUUCCUCCCAUUUGAUCCAUGAAGAAACUGAGACUCAGAAAAGCAAAGUGACUUGCUCAUAAGUGGCUAAGCCACUUGAAUCCCAGUCUGUCUGCUCUCUCUUUCCCGCCAGUCUGACUCCACACACAGGCUCUUGGACUGAACCAUCUGUGCUCUGCACCCUCUCUUAGCCCUAGCAUGUCAUUCAAGAUCAAAGACAGGCCCCAAGGCAAAAACGAGGCACAGAGAGGCUGUGGUCUAGAAGAGCCCACGCCCAGCACCCUUUUUCAGUAGGAGCACCGGAGCCCCAGUUCAGCUGGCCUCAGCCUCUUGCUUUGAUGGACAUCCACAAGCCUGGCCAAGCUUGGGGAGUCACUGCAAAGGGACUGAGCCCAGGAGAGCAGGGGCAGUGGUGUGCCUCUGGUGGGAUGAACAUACCUGGUAGGAUCACCGUGCCUGUAGGGAGGUACGAUAGGUAUCAUCCAAAGAUGCUAGAUGGCCCAGUGGUCAAGUUGGACGGAGGGUCAGAGCUGGAAGGGCCCUGUCAUUGUAGGAAGGCCAGCAAGCCAGAGAGGACAAGGAGUGUGCCAGCCGGACAUAGUGAGCUGCAGUGCUGGCACCAGCAUGCAAACUCCUCUCUCUACCCCACUCCACUGCCUCUCCCAGUACCACAAGUUUGGUGGCCAGGGUUAGGGGUACAAAUGGUUCCAAUCACCAGCCAACCCUCUUGGCUUCCCCCAUGUUUACCUGACUCCCUCUCCUCAUUAGCCUGGGGCCUAGGAAGCUGGAGUCUGGAAACUGGAGUGCCCUCAAGUGGUGAGAGCCUGAAACAAUCUUUCUACCACAUUUUGAAAAUUUUAUUUCUUCCCCAUGAGACAGGACAGUUGCUGCUGCUCCUCUCUCUGUCUCCUGGCAAUGACCCUAAAGUGCAUAUCUCCCUCCCUAAAUAUUGAACAAGGACACACACACAUGCCAGAGCUUUUUUCAUGCACAAAGUACUUUGACAUUGAUUGCCAAAAUCCCCAUUUUAUAGAUGGAAAAAACUAAGUCUCAGAAGGCUUAAGAGACUUGCCAAAGGUCACUCUGCUCUUUCUGCUGGCACCUAGUGGGGUCUGAGUGGCAGGCAUGAAGAAGAGAUGGGCUACCUUUCUGUCCUUAAACAGAGGAAGACUGAGCAGCUCAGUCCUCCCAGCUGAGCAGAUUUUUAGAGGGGCCCUGGGGACCCAGAGGCAUAUCCAGCAGGCAGCACCAGGAGGAUGAGCAUUUGCAACAAAAGGCCUAACUUGAACAAAACACUUUGGGGUCAUGAUGCCUAGGACUGAAGACAUGUUCAAGGGCAGCCCUGGGAAUCUGUCCAUUGAAAGACCCAUGUCCCUGGGAGGCCUGUCCACACUUGCUUUUUGGCCUUGGAGAGCCUGCCCACUGCUCAGAUCCAGUGAGUUGGCACUUCCAGGGGACCUGGUUGUAGCCCUGAAUGGCCAAAAGCAGAUCUGACUCCAUUCCCUGUGCUUGCUUUUCCCCUGGGUGAGAACCAGGACCUAGAGAGACACUGCACAGUCCUUAGUCCUCACCCCAACUCUUACCCCUGGAUGCCCAGAUUGUUCCAAGUUUGAGGUAUCCCAGUCUCGGAGAUCUUGGGGUGCUGCUUUGGAGGGGCUUGCUUUGUUACGAGUGGCCUUCAGAAAUUAAUCACGUGGAGUAUUAAAGUAGGGCAGAGCCCUUGGUCGCCAAGUUCUGGCAUCCUCAUUGUGCAGACAGAACUCGGCCAGAGUCCCAGCAAGGCACUGACCGAGCCAGGCCUGGAGCCCUGCAUAUCAGAUUCCUUGACUCUGCUCCGUGGCCAAAGAAGGGCCUAGAGGGCAUGGGUCUUUGUCUUGGUGUGGUCUUGGUCACAGCACUCUGGCUGGAUCAUUCAUUAGGUGUAACCACGGCAUUUCUCCUCAAUUGCAGUUGAGUGAAAGUAGGUGGAAGGUCUGCUUUUCCACCCUGUGUUCCACUGGAUCAUUACAGGGUAUGCGGUCCCCAGCUGCUUGCCAAGCUUGGGAAUCCAGAGAAGGGCAGGUUGGGCAGUGGAGUGGGCAGGUGAGAAGCAGGCUCCAUGCCGGUAUGCAACCCCAGGGGGAUCCAGGCCCAACCCAUCUCUGAAAGCAGGAUCACAGCAGAGGAAACCCAGCCAGGCUGACGUCAGAUUCCACACCUGAGCCUCUGAGAGCUCAGGUUCCUAUGGGCAUGCCAGGCUAGCUGCAGGAUUUAUGCUUUACGUGUCCAUGUUCCCCUCUCCUAGAAAACUUGUUUCUGAAAUUAGGCAUUACAUGGUUCUAGGACCCAGCCUUCAAAAUUCCCGGCAGGCUAGCUUCAACAUUCCAUAGCCAACCUUGCCUGAGCCAGACUUGGGUCCCACUCCCUCAGUUUCUUCAAGGGGUACUUUCUAUCUUGCAUGCUGUUCAGUCCAGCCCAGUGGCCAAGUGAGGAACAUGGGAGUUGGGACUGGCUGCCACAAAGUCAGAAAGGGAAACUAGAGCUGUUGCUUCCCUAUGGCUACAUCUGUAGUUCCUGGGCAUCCUUGCUGUUGCAGUGAGGCCUGGUACCCAUUCCAGCUCCUGGUAGAGGGGUUAUUUUCCUUCCUGAAGAUGCAACAGCUUUGCAGAUAAGUACCAGCCCAUGGGAGUCAAAUGGGUGAAAUCAUCUUGGGCCUGACCCCAACAAGACCAGCAUCUCCAGGCUCCAGCCUUCCUCCUCAUGCCUGAGUGUCAAGGAAAGAGUGGGACUGCCCAGAGACCACCUUCUUGGGUCAGCCAGAUUGUCUGGAUCUAUGGUGGGACUCAAGCUCCUCCUUACCCAUGUGGAGGUAAGGCCAGGCCUCUAGCAACUUGGAGUUGUCUGUAAUGACCUUUAAAGGCCCAAGGGCCUGUCCCCAUCUCCUGACUAAAAGGCAUCUGCAUCCCUGUUUCAUAUCACAUGACAGAGAAACCUGUUCUCGUGGCAUGUAACAUCCCUGUGAGAGAGCGUUGUAUAUGAUUUUGUAUUUUUUAAUUCCUUUUAAUCUACAGGUUGGAAUCUAAUUUUUAAAUUUUAUUGGAACUCACAUUUUAAAAAGAAAAACAAAAUAAUAAUAAUAAUAAUAAACCUUUGACUGGUGUCUUCCAAGUAGUUUGAUCAAAGAACUUAUAGGUGUUUUCAAAACACAGCCUGGAGUGUAAAGAUUGGAAAGCCCCAUGGCCUCGCUUGUGUGUACGAAGUGUAAAUCUGGUUUUGUUUUGUUGUUUUGGAUUCUUUUGGGUUUUUGUUUCGUUUUGUUUUGAAGAUCAGAUAGUGAUCACUCUGAAAGAUUGAAGCCAAGAAUUUGUAACUAUGAUAUUUACUGUAAGCUGUAGAACAUUCAAUAACUAUUAAAAAAAAAGUUUCCAAAAAAAAAA